AUGGAUAUGCAUACGGAACAGGAAACGUUGGAUUCCUUGGGGUAUUAUACAGCCAGCAACGCAUCCUUGGGAAAGAAAAAGCGCUCGAGCACAGAGGCCGCCGAAUAUCCCAGAAGACGGGCAACAAUAGCGUGUCAGAUAUGUCGGUUGCGCAAGACUCGAUGCAAUGGAGCUCGUCCCAAGUGUCAACUUUGUUCCGAUUUGGACGCGGAGUGUGUUUACAGGGAACCCGGCAUCAAGCUAGAUGCUGGCGACAAGCUCAUCCUAGAUCAUCUGGCCAGAAUUGAGAGUUUUCUGCAUUCGAAUUUACCCAACCAGGGGCCUCGUCUGGCCCUAUCCGUUAAUUCCCCGGCCACCAGCAAUGACACAAACCUCGGUAACGAUGAUCCCUCGACGAGAACAUCACCCAGUGGAUUACCGGUCCAUGGAAGAUUGUCCGCUGUUGGACUUGGUUCUUGGGUCAAACCACCUGCCAGCCUCAGUAUUUCAACGAUGCCCAAGAUGCAUACCACUCCGGCGCUACAUCUUCUCCAAUGGCCCCUGAUUCGGGACUUGGUCUCUCGGACCUAUGAUCCACAGCAACUUCUUCAACUAGAAAUGGCUCGCGAGCCGUUGCGGUUGACGCCCAACUCAGGCUUCGAUUUGACAAAUGCAUCUACCUACGCCCAGGCUUUCUUCAACUACGGGAAUGUUUGGUACGCCUGCGUGAACCCUUACACUUGGAACCGAUACUAUCAAUCCGCUCUUGCACAGGGGUUUCAGAAAGGGCCCAUGAGCUGCCUGGUUCUUCUAGUUUUGGCUCUGGGAAGCGCCAGUCACAGCGGCAGUAUCUCAUUCGUGGCACCAGAUCGUGAACCGCCGGGGCUUCCUUACUUUGCCGCUGCAUGGAGUUUCCUACCAUCGAUCAUGAUGCGGAACACCGUCAUUGCGACUCAAUGCAUGGUCAUGGCCUCUGCCUACUUAUUCUAUCUAGUGCGACCCCUGGAAGCCUGGACUCUGCUAUCCAAUGUGAGCAUGAAGUUGCAACUGUUGUUCGGCAGUCCGAAUCGAAUCCCUACUCAAUGGAGGGAAUUAAGUGUGAGGGUGUACUGGAACGCCUUGUUGUUUGAGAGCGAUCUUCUCGCAGAGCUGGAUAUUCCCCAUUCCGGCAUUGUAAAUUUUGAAGAGCUCGUGGAAUUGCCGGGAGGGUUUGAGGAAGAUGAGGAUGACGAGGAGCAAGAAGAUAUGGACCAUCAUACACCAGGCGAAGAACGCCAAAUGGCUAGAAACUAUCCGGGUUUCUUACGUCCUGUGGACUCUCAUCCCGGCAUUCGACGUGACGAACUCUGGUAUUUCCUGGCAGAGAUUGCGCUGCGACGACUGCUCAAUCGCGUCAGCCAUAUUAUCUACCAGAAAGACAGCACCCACACUCUAGCAUCCUUGGGUCCAAUUGUCUCCGAGCUCGAUUUUCAGCUGUCCCAAUGGUACGACAGCCUUCCCGAACCCGUCCAAUUUCCUUUGACCCAGGCCCCUCUUUCCAAUCCGGCCCAAACGGUACUGCGACUUCGCUACAAUGCAUGUCGUACUAUCAUAUAUCGUCCGUAUAUCCUGGCGGUCUUUGAGAACGAACAGGCUGGCUUAGACCCGGGGGUAAAAGAGUGCUGCCGGCGAUGUUUGGAUGCUACGCUCCGUCAGCUGGAGCAUAUUACCAGCCAUCGCGAGGGCCACCUUCCGUACCUGUGGCAGGGUGCUCUUUCAAUGGUAUCGCAGACGUUGUUGAUCAUGGGUGCCACCAUGUGUCCUGCUCUCUCUACCCUGCUCCCACCCGCUUCCCGGAUGGACGCGAUCAUCGCGGGAGUGGUUACCGAAGUAGAGAGGUAUACAAAUUUAGCACCUAGCCUGAAACUGUCAGCCGAGAUUAUUCGCGACGCAGAGAGACGGCGGCAAAUGUAUCUUCGAUCAACCACGGUAUGCUUGUGA